UAGGCUUGCAUUUGUAAAUUCAUCAGUACCCAUCCAACUUACCAUUGCUGAAUUUUAAGUGAUAAACGAACCAAAUUCGAGUCGUUCUGCGGUAUAAAUAAAAAAUAAACAAUAAAACAGAAUCAUAACAAGUUGUCUAGUAGAGUGCAAAAUUUUAAAAAGACAAUGUCUCAUAGUGACAGCGAAAUCAGGGACACCAUAAAAAAAAGAAAACAGUUCGAUCCAAAAUUGAAAUUCAAGGCGUUGGCGAAGUACAACAAAAGACAACUGAGAUUCGAGGGAGCGCUGAAGCAUAGACUGGAACCCAUUUACUACGAAUUGAGGCUAAUUCGAGCGGUGAAUACUUAUAACACGGAACAGGUGAAAAAGCUUUUGGAAAACGGCGUAAGUCCAAAUAGUACAGACUAUGAAGGACGCAGUGCCCUACACAUAGCAGUUAGCAAAGGUUACGCGGACGUAGUGCAGCUUUUGCUGGGUUAUGGCGCUGACCCCAACAAACGAGACAUCCUACAGAAUACCCCGCUACAUUUGGCCGCGUGCGUCCACAACUUGCCGAUAAUUUCUAUGUUGUUAAAUGCGAAAGCAGAUGCCAGUUCCUUGGAUAUCCACGGGCGAAAUCCCUUACAAUUGGCAUCUAGUAAACUUGAUAUAUUGCGCCGAAGUUGGCGCGAGGGCUCAAUAGAAAUGGUCAAGCUGCGAGCAGAAUUGGUGCAGGUCAUAGAUUUGCUUUUGUCGUUUUUCAUGAGAGAGGCGGAAGACCGAUCGGAAAGGGUAGAUAUGAAUCGGGCGAAUGUGAACGAACUUCAAUUGAUUAAAUUGUCGUUAAACUCGAGUCCUGUGGAAUUAUUGGAUAACCAAAUGACCAAACUCUUGAACGAUAUUGAAAAAAUCCAGAUUAAGUAAAUUUUUAUGUUAAGAUACAGAGUGGGUGAGUGCUGUUCCUGUGAUUCGCUCUUAACUUCCACGAAAUUAUGCGUUUGUUUAUAGUCUUGUAAUAAAUACCAAAAAUAAAAAAAAGCAAAUACA